GAGGCGAUGCAAGAGCUUCAGCAACGCCCCGAGGGCACCGUCGACUUCGCCCAGCAGCUCGCACCGCCGCACGGCGCUGUGCCAGGCCAGCCUCCCGCCUCCUCCACCUCCUCGACCAAGCGCCCUCGCUCGCCCCCACAAGGGCCCGCGCCAGUGCCGCACCAGAACCAGCAGCAGCAGCAGCAGCACGCAGGCGACAUGGACGCCGAGGGCGAGUUCGACCCGUCCCUGCCCGACCUGCUCGUUCACCGAGCCGCCAACGGCGCCGAGUUCGACCACCUCGUCCUCCCGACCCCGCCCGCGCACCUCUUCGGCCAGAACCAGGACCAGCAGCAGCAGCAGCUCUCGACCGACACGACCGCCAGGGCCACCGCGAGCAAUGACCGCGUCGGCCAGCAGCAGCAGAACGCCGUUGCCGGGCCGUCGUCGUCAGCGACGGGCGCAGGCGGCGCGGCGGGAACGGCGCAGGACGGCGAGCAGGGCAAGGACGUCGCAGUCCGUGACGGCCCCGAGGACCUGCCCGGGCGCGACGCGUUCGAGGCGGCCGUCGAGGAGUACCUCCAGGGCUUGCACGCCAUCAAGCGCACCAAGGCCCUCAUGGGCGACGAGCUGCACGACCUCGUCCGCGCCAUCCUGCGCGAGCCGCAAAACACCAAGCAGGGCGACCCGCAGAUGCGGUUCUGGGUGCGCCAAAGGUUCACGCUCCUCGCCGCGCCCGAGGGCGACAGCGUCGUGCACGAGGACAAGAAGGUCGUCCUGCGCUCGCACCUGUUCGACACGAUCUCGGCCGCCCACGUCGCCGCCGAGCACGGCGGGCGCGACAAGACGUUUGCCGAGGUGCGCAAGCACUGGAGCUACGUGCCCAAGGAGGUCGUCGUCCUGUACAUCCGCCUGUGCCCGACGUGCGGCGGCAAGCGCGUCACGGUCCGGGGCAAGCGGCCCCAGGGCGACAAGCGCAUCCCGCUCCCGCAGGACGUCCUCACCAGGCCCGCCGACGACGGCGUGCCCGACACAUCCGGCUUCCUGCCCAAGCUCCGACCCGCCCCGACCGCUCCCGCCGCGACCGCCGACUCGACCAAAUCCGCGACCGACAUCCCGCUCGACCCCGCCCUCCUCGCCGCCGGCCCGUCCAACGCCGCCUUCCUCCCCGCCAUCGCGCCCCGCCCGCCUCUCCCUCCUUCCUCUCUCGAACCCGAGCCCGGCCCCAGCUCCAGCAAGCGCCAGCGCACGUUCCCGCCUGCGCCGCCGCACCAGGCCAAGCCCAAGAAGGCCGCGCCGCGCCCGCGCGCCCCCAAGCACGCCCUGCCGGGCGCGCACCCGGCGCCGGCGUUUGUCCCGCAGCGCUCGGCCGACGACCUCGCGUCGCCGGCGGUCGCGCCCGAGGUCGGCGAGCGCGAGGAGGAGCACGAGGAGAAGGAGCCGGCGAGGGCGCGCCCCGGGAGGAAGAGCGCUCGCGCGGCGGCGGCGGGCAUCAGCGCGCUUGCGGCGCUCGAGCAUGGAGAGGAGGACGACGAGUACGGCGCGAGGGCGUCGGGGCAGGCGCGCGAGCAGAAGCAGCAGCAGCAGCAGCAGGGCGGCGAGGGCGCGCGCGAGGGGUCGCAGGACGAGGAUGCGCCCGGCGAGUUGGACGACGACGACGAGGGCCUGGACGAUGACACCGAGGCGCGCUUCGUCAUGGACCCGGACCUGUUCGAGGGCGGCGGCGGCGAGAUCCCGGGCGACGAGGGGGACGAGCGCGAGGGGGCGUGAGGGCGCUUGACGAAGGAGGGAGUUUCCGCUUUGCGCGCUUUAUCAGUACCGUCUGUUGCAGUGCUAGUCGUGAUUUGCUUGCG